UUGAGGCAUCGUCCGGACGCAACGUGGUGUUAUGACGUACAUACGUACUUUUUGAACGUGGCGGCGGUCAGCUUGCAGUGUGCACUGUGCAAGUUUUGCAGUGGCUAGCUUGCUAACCUCACCUGUUUGAUCGCCUGAUAAUUAAAAGCGAUUCAGUUUUUUAAUCAGAUAAUACACUAGCAACCUGGUGAUGGGAGUUUCUUCGGAAGUUAACCGAUGUCAAAUAAGAGGAACUCACUGAAAUGAUUGCGAUGGCAUGCAAGUGGAAUGGCAUUUUUAACGUGGGCGAAGACUUCGACGACGAGGAUUUGCUGAAGGCGGACUGGGACGUUACAACAGACCCCGUAACUACUGCAGCUGUUCCUGUUACUGGUGCCGCUUGUCGACUCCGAGACCUGACCUCCACCAGCGUCCGGGCAACAGAGGCGGGGUGUAAACCCCUUCCCCCUCACACAAACUCCCACAGCCCGCAGGAGAAAGCCACAGGCUUAUCCAGUGCUGGUGAAAAGACUAUUUACAGAAUAAAGUGUCUUUCCAAUCCUGCUGCCCCCUCUGUCCUUUCCUGCCCGCCCCCACCUCCUGCCUGUCCCAAAAUCCCGGCUGGGACAGCAGCUGCAGCCCCGAGCUCCACGGUUACUCCCGCACAGAGCAACCGGCUACCCGUCCCAUUCCCAGAUGACUUUGACGACUGGGAUGUGGACCUGGAGGAUCUGGAGCACGUCUUUCGGCAACAGGAUGCGGUGCAGCCCUCCGUAGAAAGCGUUUCCCCCGCGAAGAGAACGUGCCUGUUGGAGAGAGGGGGCGGAGCGCAACCUGGCGUCAGUCUCCGACCCCCCGCCCACGUGAACCGGACCCCCUGCCAGCCUGUUAGCGCUGCGGAUCUGACACCCCCCUUUGCCGUCCCGCGCUCCCCUGCCGUCCCACCCCGGACCCCGGCCUCGUCCCGAGCCACCCCCUCUUCCUCCCCCUGCCCGGGUCAUGUGACCCCCCGGCCGGUCAGGCCGGCGCUGCGUCAGCAGACGCCUGCGUGUGGCCUCGCCGGUCGCGUCUCCAGCAGCCCCUCCGGCCCCCCCAGGACCCCCCCUGCCGUCGCCCCCAGCCCCCUGCGCGCGCCCGUCUUCACCAACCACCUGGUGCAGCUGGUGUCCGCCGCCAGCAAGACGCCGCAGAAGCGCCAGCACCAGCAGGCCACGCCCAAAACCCGCCGCUUCCCCGGGCCUGCCGGACUUCUGCCCCAGCAGCUGCAUGGUCGGAGCCUGGAUGACAUCGUAGUGUCCGUCCCGCAGACGCCCACUCACGGAGCUGUAGCCCGACUGCGCAGCCAGGUGCCCAGCUCUCAGGCGUCUGACGAUGAGGAGUUCUCCGGGGGACCGUGGGCCGCGAUGAAGGCAGAGAUGGGAUUAGACGAGAGAAACCCCGCCUGCUUCCUGCACUCCUAUAGCGUCGUCAUGGUGCUGAGAAAGGCGGCGCUGAAGCAGCUGGCCAAGAACAAAGUGCCCAACAUGGCCGUGAUGGUGAAGACUCUGACGCACACGCACGCUGACGCCAAGGCCGUCUUCAGAGACCCCACAGGGGAGAUUCGGGCCACUGUGCACCGGCGCCUCCUGGAGGACCGACAGGGGGAACUGAAGCCCGGCGCCGUGCUGCUGCUCAAACAGGUGGGUGUGUUCUCUCCCUCUCACCGCAACCACUACCUGAACGUCACGCCCAACAACCUGCUCCGGAUCUACUCUCCAGACAGGACAGUCUGGUCCUCCACACAGCUGUCCCAGCAUUCCCUGGAAGGACCGGUUCCUCAGCUUGAACAGACCUCCUGCCCACCGGGGGGCACCGUCUCAAACAUGGAGCUCCUGUUUGAGGACGAGGACGAGUGCGCCGAAGGGCCCCAGAACGCCUCGGGCACCCUGGGAGUGGAGGACCCGGCGUGGGAGACAGAUGACCUGGACUGCCUGUUGGGCGAGCUUCCGGAAGAUUCUUACACCCACUGACACGGAGAGGAUGGAAAAAACCCCCCACACCCAACCUACGACCGACGUGUCUCCAGGGAUACCAGCCCGCAGUGUGACACACUCUCUCUCUGCAGAGCUGGCUUGUGUUCAUAGCAGAUGGAUGUAUGUACAUAUGUAUAUGAGAACAUGUUUCAUUGCUGUUUGAAACGUGCGAUGCGCAGUGGAUAAGCUGAUCAUUAAACAUGACACUAUUCAA